AUGGGUAGUGCUCAAUCGGCGGCCGGAAGCGCGACGGAGAAGAAGAGGAAAUCCACGCCGCGGGAGUCGCCAGCAAAAGUUGGUUUUGCUUAGUAGAAUUAUUAUUUUUUUUAUUUUUUUGAAUAAUUUUCGAGUCAUUCUAAAAAAACUUUCAUUUACAAAUUGCUACCAGCCGUUGGCUUGUUUGGAAGAAACCGGUAAAUUGACUCUGUAGACAUUUAAUUCGUUCAGAAAUUUCCUGUUGCUUUUCCCAUCUUUUUUUGGUCAUUAGUAAGUUUCAUUAGAGGUGUUUCAAGGUUCUUAAUGUUACAAUCCUUUCGAAAAGUAUUGAUAGGUUAUUUUAGGACGUAGAAGUACUGUCAACAGUUCUAUGCUUUGACAUCUUUAUGAGAUUCGCUGUGUUUUUCAAAAAAAUAGAAAAGUUUCGAGAGGGUUUCGUUUGCGUUUAUUCACCUAGAAAUUUUUGGAAAUGAAAGAAGAAAAAUGAUUUCGUUCGCAAGAAAAAUACCGAUGUUACGUUCUGAAUAGGUUUAGGCUAGAGUAUAGCCGAAUUCAUGAUCAAAGCUUUGCUUUUUAUAAGAUUCUCGGUUAUAUAUAUAUAUAUAUAUAUAUAAAAAGUGUUUUGUAUUUCAUCUGUUCUAAUAAAGUUAUUCGAGCUUUUCGGAAUGUUUGAAAAACGCAUAUAUAGUUUAAGGUUCAUAGCUGAGGCCUCCAUGAAAUUUGUAAAAGUUGCCUUUAAAAAAUUCAAAAAUUAAUUGGUCACCAUGUAGACUUUUCAGCUUAUAAGUUUUUUUUUUGUUUAUUACACUGUAAUAUGUUCCGACAUGGUUUAGGGGAUUCUGAAAAUCUUCAUAAACUUUCCCUCGAUUUUAUCUCUUCAUUAGUUAACGAUUAAUAAGCUGUAGCCGGAGAUUUUAUCGAAAAAAAAAGUGAUGGUUUUUAAAUGAGGUAUCUUGUUUUGCAGCAAACGAGCAAACCGAAAAGCCCGACUCCACCGAGUCCUCAACCGGAAAACGUCGAGCCGAUUCCUCGCGAACAACCCAAAAUGCCCUACCACACACACGCCGUCACCACCGACUACCGGAUCAGCCGCAAGGUUUUUUUUUGUUUUUUGAAUGAAUAAUUUUCAAGGGUUUUUGAUCAAAUUACGGAGAAGCAGGGUCAUUGUAUAACCCAUUCCACGCCAGCUUGUCACGUUAUUUUAUACCAAAAAGACCGUUAGUAGAUUAGAACUAAUUCGACCCCAGUUCGCUUCAAGACCUUUGUUUUCUGCUGUCUUUUAAUCAAUAAUAAAACCAGCAAAAAUCAAGCCGCGUGAAAAAAUUGCGGAAGCCUAGAAUAGCGGACUGUAAAAUUCUGGCGUAGUUGGCAAAAUAUGGUUUACAUUGGUGCUCCACGGACAACAUUUAAACUCUUGCGAUGCUUUUUUUACUGUAAAAUUGGCGUAUUUCAAAUUUACCCUUUUUUCGUGCUCAAAGUGAUUCCGAGAAACUCGAAAUAGCCGCCGGAGAGCGGAGAAGAUAACUUAAUUUUGGAGAGUCAGAGAAAAUUUUGCAUUUUGCCGAAAUCACUUUUUCCGUGUUCAAAGUGAUUCCACGAAAUCUAAAAUAGCCAUCAGAGAAAGAAAAAGACAACUAAAUUUUGGAAAAUCGGAGAUAAUAUUUCAUUUUGUGGAAAUUAUUAAAAAAAAACCCGGCAUUAUAAAUAUUUCACGUGGAGUUUUCGACUCAUUACGGCAAAAUUUUCGCCGGAAGUUUGUUUUUUGGUUCUUUUCACGCAGUUAUUUUAUCAUAUAUUCAUUCUAAUUGAAGAUUUGUUUUUUCAGGUCCUCGGCGUCGGAAUCAACGGGAAAGUUGUCGAGUGUGAGCACCGCGGAACCGGCGAAAAGUACGCUUUGAAAGUGCUCCGGGAUGUUCCCAAGGCGAGGCGUGAGGUUGGGUUUUACCUUUGAUAGUUAUUUAUGCUGUAAAUAAAGGCCUUUUUAAUGAAAAUAUGUUGUUUAAAGGUCGAUUUGCACUACAUGGCGAGCGGCCACGUGAACAUUGUCCGCGUCGUCGAUGUCUACGAAAAUUCCUAUAAUAAUGUUCAAUGUCUGCUCGUCGUCAUGGAGAACAUGAAGGGCGGCGAGCUCUUCAAUAGGAUCCAGGUGAAUUUUCGGAAGGAUUUUCGAAGAAGUUAGUAAAAUAAAGACGUUGAUUCCACAUGGAAUUUUGAACUGAAGACGGAAAGUUCAAUAUUUAGAAAUCAAGAUUGUUUAAAAGGAUCCAUUUCGUCUUUUUUAAUAGCAUCACUGAACUUUCAAAGCUUUUCUGUUUCAUCAUAUAAGCUUGCCGUUGAAAUUCUUGAGAGCAAGAUAUAAUUUAUUUGACGUUUCAAAUUUUGACGUGACCAAAAUAGAACAAAAAUCGCAGUUUUUGGAAGAAGCUAUAACAGGAAAAAAGGCUUGAAACCGUGAUCGAAAAAAAAAAAUUUAUGACUACGACGGUUUUUAAAAAUUUAGCUAUAAUUCCAUUUUUAGAUGCUUUUUUUCAGGAACGUGGCCAACAAGCCUUCACGGAACGCGAAGCCGCCGCGAUUAUGUACGAAAUUUGCUCGGCCGUGGCUCACCUUCAUCGGAUGGCGAUCGCUCAUCGCGAUCUCAAGCCGGAGAAUUUACUCUACGCGUAAGUUUUGUUUGAAUGGUUUUUCAUCAACUUGCAAGAAGAACGCAAUCAAUAUAGAGAGCACGGUAAACUUGGACAGGCCAGGGUCGUAAACACUGUAUAAGGGGCUAAAUUUUCAUACCAGCGCGCUUAGAGGUCCUUAGACAGUUUGUAGAAUGGGGAGAGUACAGGUCUCUCAGUGCAACGAUUUAGAGAGUGCGGUAAACUUGGAGAGGCCAGAGUCUUGCUCUCCACGUUCUACACGCUACCUGAAGGCCAGGCGAAUUCUGUUAAAUACGCAUACCAGCGCGCAGUUUCUUAGACAGGGUGUAGAAAGUGGAGAGCAUAGUUCUAAUCCUUUCCAGUAUAUUAGUAGAGAGCAAGGCGAACGUGGAGAGGCCAGAGUCUUGCUCUCCACGCUCUACAAACUGUCUAAGGGCCUGCCACUUUCUGAUAAGUUGGCAUGCCAGCGCGCAGGUCCUUGGACACUGUGUAAAACGUGGAGAGUAAGAGUCUGGGCUCUCCAUGUAUACCAUACUCUCUAAUCUUAGGUUUGCGCGACGGCCUGCCAAUUUUCUUCAAAGCAAAAAAAUUUUUUUUUAUUUAUCCGAAUUUUUUUUCAGUGACAAAAACGGACAUCGCUCGCUUGAAACUGACGGAUUUUGGUUUUGCCAAACGUACGGACGAAUCGGAACCCCAGGGAUUGAACACGGCCUGCUUCACGCCUUACUAUUGUGCUCCCGAAGUAAUUUUUUGAUUUUUUCAUCGCAUUUUUGCGCAAAGAAGUCAAAUUCACAUGCUUCGAAGCUUUUUUUCUCAAGUUAAUUGAGGAAUUCUGAAGGAAGGGAAGUAUUUAUCGAUUAAAAAAAAAAAGAUAUUUUCAGCCCAAGUGUAGAUCUUCUUCUUUCUUGAGGCACUUGUAGUCUCGUAGCAGCUUUUAUUUCAAUAAUUCUGUAGUUUAUUCGACUUUGAAGGUCCUUGGAGCCGAAAAAUACGAUAAAUCGUGCGAUUUGUGGUCCAUCGGUGUCAUCAUGUACAUUUUGUGAGUACUAUUUUCGAAAGAAAAAGUUUAUUUUAUAAUUUUGUUGAAGAUUGUGCGGGUAUCCUCCAUUCUUCUCGGCUCACGGGCAACCAAUGUCGCCCGGAAUGAAGGCCAAAAUAAAAUCGGGCCAGUACACUUUUCCGGCCCCCGAGUGGGACUGCGUUUCUGAAGCUGGUUGGAAUAAUUUUCAUCUGGAAAUAUAGAAAAUAAGGGGAAUUCCAGCCAAAGAUCUGAUCAUGAAGCUCCUCAAAACGGAUCCAUCGGAAAGGUACACGAUCGAGCAGACGAUGGACCAUAAGUGGAUCACUCACUAUCAGAAGGUGAUUUUGGAACGGGUCAAUGAUAAAAUGAUAGCUGUUAAGGUUCCCGACACGCCCCUUUUCACCAGCUCGAUCCUCUGCGAUCAACGCGAGCAGUGGGGCGAGAUGCAGGUUCGUAUAUUUAUUAUUGGGAAACGUUCUUCUCUAAUGAGUUGUACAUAGAGCCGUUCCUGUAUAGAAGAAUCUAAGGCUGAAUUGAAUUGAGGUUUUUUUUUUUGAGGAAUAACAUAGAAUUUUUUUUUUCAAAUGAACCUGAUUAGUCAAUCUGAAGGUUACAUGUCUAGUGGUCUUUCUAGGGAUUUUUGUCAUCGAGAAUCUAAAAAAAAUCAAAAGGCGUAUUGUUAUUAAAGGAUCAUAAUCACGCGUGAUAAAGUAUUCGAAGGAUACUGUAGCCGAAGUGAAGUUAGCUCUCUGAAAUUGAAAAUCUGAACAAGCUAUAUACCCCUCUUGAGGUCGGACGCAGCAAAAAAUUGAGUUGAAGUUUGAAAUUUUGAAAUUUUCUUCGGCCAAAAAAGGGGUCGAGUCAUCAUCUUGCGAUACUAUAGAGAGCACUUUGAAAGAACCCUUUCAAAAAUCGACGCGAAAGAUAGAUAGCUUCAGCACUUUUCUGGGCGUUUCUAUUGACCACUGUAGUAACCUCAGCAUUCUCAAGUGACCCCUAGAAUAGCCCAGAAACGUCCGAGUUUGCGUUGUCAAUGUCCGAGUAGCCACGAAGCUGGAGUUAUCUGAUGAAAUUCAAUAUUUGAAAAAAGUGUAUCCACCUUGAGGUCGGAGGUGGCAAAAAAUUGGGCAGAAGCUUGAAAUUUUGCAUUUGGCGGUGCGCAGACUAUACGGAAAUAGUAUUUUUUGUAAUGCUGAUAUUAUCCAAUUCAAAAAAACAAUAAGAAUAUUUGACCCUUACCUCUUUCAGGACGAGAUGGAGAAGACGCUGGCGUCGAUGCGCGUCGGCACCGACAACAUGCAGAUCAAGAACCUGGCCGAGUCGAACAACCGACUUCUGGCCAAGCGCAAGCAGCAGCGGAACCCCGGCGGCAGCAGUCCGCCGACCAUCGACGAAGGCGGCGUCGGCGAGGAGGAAAUGGAGGCUUAG